GAAGAUGAGCAUUUUCUUUUAGAAAGAGAGAUGGAAGAAGGAAUAGUACACAUAUCUAUUCCUUUUGCUCGUUCUUGACCAUAAAACACUUGUCUCACACAAUCUGUUGAUUUAUAUCAAAGCACUGUCUUUGUCUGUGACUAGUUGAUUUCCUAUAUGCUUCUUGCUAGAGCUAGCUGCUAUUCUUAUUUCAAUCCCUUCUUGUUUAAUCUCUUCAUUUCAAUCCCCUCUUAAUAUAAGAACAGAAAACAGCACACAAUUCCUAAAACGAUUUUUUCCCUGAAAUAUUGUUCCUUGGCAUGAAUUUACACCAUCAGUAUCCACACAAUGGGUGUAACUUUUAUUUUUACUGAAAAUUUAAAUUCAUUUUUUCACUUCAACACUUUGGGAAACAAAUAUCCAAAUUCUGUCACAGCUUUUUUGUAAACUAAACCAGUUGAUCAAGGUGGUUCACAGUUUUAUGAAACCUUUAAAAGAAUGUAGUGGAAAUGUAAUUGAUCCUAGACACAAAGUACAUCAAACUUUUGAAAAAUUUCUUUAACACUCUUGAUUUCUAUUAAACUAUGUUACAUUAAUGCAAGCAAACUUAAGAUACAGAAAUUUCUAUAUAAAUUCAUAGAAAUUUGAACACUUGGCAACACUCAAGAUUACUUUGGAUACUUUCUGUUUAAAUACAUUCAAAGCUCUCACUACAGAAAUCCAAGUGAAUUGAUUCACUUUUGAAAAAAAAACAAAAUUCAAUGAAGUAUGUACACUUGUAUUGAAUCAUAAUAAAUAUGUUCUUAUCUAAGGGGGAAAUAGAGCGCGUGGCUGCAACGCACCAUACGAUCUAGGCUCUAGUCCUUGUGAGAUCGAUCGAUCGUUAUACUUUUCAAUCAUGACCAAUGAUUGAAUUGGACAGUUUAUAAUACUUUUCACAUCUAAUCUUGAACCGUUUCAGUCCAUCAGAUGCUCCUUCUGUUGUGGGCAGUGUUGAUGAUCAAGAAUGGUUUUCUGUCCUAUACUGUCUCAUUCACUUUCUAAUAUCUCUCCUCUAUGAAUGAAGGUUCUGUGUGACUACAUACAAAUUCAAACCAUUAAAAAGAACCAAAGGCCUGGAAAUUGUCCAGCUAAACUUUCAACACCUAGCAUUAAAUAAUAAUGACUUUUCCUAUCUCAGCCAGCAAUAUAAUUAAACUCUCCCACUAAUACGCCAUAAUAUCAUAAUCUUCUGUACAGAUUUUUUAACCUAUACGUAUAGAAUUUUUAAUGGUCAAAACGGCCUUGAACAAGCCCGUUUUCUUAUUUUUCCAAUUCUACCCUAAAAUAUUGAGGGUCCAGUCUUACCCCUGCUCCCUAUAUAAAGCCCUUGAUUGAUAGAGUUGAGUAUAGUCAUAAAGCAAGAGUUAGAGCCACCAAAGCACCAACCAUGACAAGGAAGAAGGUCAAACUUAUGUGGAUUGUCAAUGACAGUGCUAGGAAAGCCAGUUUCAAAAAAAGGAGGGGAGGACUACUGAAAAAAGUGAGUGAGCUGACCACCCUAUGCGGUGUGAGUGCGUUUGUCAUCGUCUAUGGUCCAGACGAUCAAGAGGUAGCGGUGUGGCCGUCCCAGCAGGCAGUGCAACAACUGCUGGCAAAGUUCCAGAGCGUGCCGGACAUCGAGCGGUGCAAGAAAAUGAUGAACCAAGAGACAUAUCUCCGGGAGAGAACAACCAAAGUGCAUGACCAACUGAGGAAGCAACAGAGGAAGAACAAGGAGGUGGAGGUGGGCCAACUUAUCCGCCAAACCGAACAUGGUAGGAAAGUGGAGGAGCUUGAGAUGAACGAAAUGGCUGGUUUGGCUUGGAUGCUGGAGGAGAAGAUGAAGGAGUGCCGGAAAAGGCAGGAAUGCUUUGAGCCGGUUCCUCAUGACCAGGGUUCUUUGCCUUCACCAAAGAGUGCAGCGCUUGUGGACGAGAUGGGCGGAAUGGGAGGUGGUACUACUGCUGCACAGGGGAAAUUUCCCACUGAGUCUUUCAUGUGGGAUCAGUGGUUCCUUGACAUGAUGAGGCAAAAUGAGAACGCUGCUGGUAGCAGCAAUGUUAAGACUGAUAUAGGGCUCUCAUCACAUGCAUAUUUGGGUGGUCCUAGCGGUGCAAGUGAUGUGGGGCUGCCCUAUGGGAACUUGGGGGGAAGUAGAGGUGGGAUUGAGAUGGGGCUGCCUCUUGGAAAUUAUAGAGGUAGCAGUCGAGGAAGUGAGAUGGGAGGCCUUCCCUAUGGGAGUUUUGGAAUCAACAGUGGUGCGAGUGACAUCGGGCAGCCUCAUGGGAGUUUUGGAGGCAUCGGUGGUGGUGGAGGUGAUAUCUGGCUGGGGCUGCCUUAUCAAUAUUGUGGGAAUAUGAGAGGCGGUAGUACUGCUGCUGCAAGCGCUGUGGGGCUUGGCAUGCCUCUUGGCAAUCCUGGCAGCAGCAGUGCCGGAGUCGACAUGGGGCUGAAUCCUGGGGCGUUCAUUGGAGGCAGCAGUGCGGGAAGUAAUGCUGGGCUUCCAUACGAUGUCACCAAGCCAUGGCCUAACAUUUUCUACAGUUAGAAUUGCAGCGCAUUUUCUCGAUCUAGUGUUGCUGUUUGAUGCAAAGCGUUAUGGGGUCAUUUCUGAUUUCAUGUUGUCCUGUGAUUUCUCUAUUCAGUGAUGUUAUGUUUCUGUGUGUUGAUUUUAAAGUAAUAGUGAUGCAUGUAAGUGUGGCAGAAAAGCCACAAGAAUUAAGUAAAUAAAUGCAUCUUCUUAAGGCGUGUCAAACAAAAUAAAGAUUCGUAACUCCAUGUAUUUCUGUAGUUAAGUACAUGUCGUACGAAAUUGAGUCUUCCUUGGCUCUUUUACAUGCCAUUGCUGCACUGAAGCAUACAUAUUAACCACACGACUGUUGUGAUCUUAAUGGCCGCCAAAUGUCCACUUCAUUUAAAAUUACGAAGGGAAAACGUAUUGAGAAUUGAACAUGCAGUGGAGAAAGUCCAGACUAGCAACCGAUAUUGUAUGUUCAACGUGAAGUGGAGCACAUUAGAGCAAAUGAACGUUAAC